UGUCCAUCACAAAUCCCACUGGACCAGACCGCCUCGGUGGGAAGCCAGCGACUAACCGCUUAAGCUGUGGCACGGCCUUAGAGAUAAUAUUGUCUGGUAUGUUGCUUCACUGUAGUUUAUGGUCCUGGUCUCUGUAGUGCUGGUGAAGCUUCUUGAAGUCUGCAUAUCUCCAGAGUAGCCUGUUCCGGUAAAUCUCCACUGUGUUAGCGUGGUUGCUGUUGCGGUUGAGUGUUGCACGAAGUUCAUUGCUACAGGUGUCCAACUCGCGAGUUCUCUCGCCCAUUGUGUUUUUAUUAUUGGUUAUGAAUUGAUAAUGAUGGCUGUUGGAUGGCCUUGAAUGACAUAACGUUCAUGCCGAGUUUCGUGAAAAUUAGUUCUGACAAGAAUAUGGAUCUAGAUGUAACAUUUUCAAGUGCGGAAAGUGAUCUUAUUAUGCUGCUGGACAAGAACUGUGAGGAAGUCGAACAGCUGGCUUUGGAAACAGUGGCUAGAAUGGAUAUGCCAAUUUUAAACUCUCUCCGGGAGCUAACGAAAGGAGACUGUUGGCAGAUUUUGGAAAAACAUCAGGAUAUUUUCAGCAUAGUAGAGCAGGCAUUGGUGUUAAGUGGUCUGACAGAUUACAUAACUUGUGCAGCCCAGAAUGAACUGUUUCAUACAUUCCGUAAAAAAGCUGAUCGUCGUGGUCUCCAAGCAAUUUUCAUACACCUUAGCAGGAAGUGGGUGAGAUUCUUUGACAAACUGGGACCAUAUGAUCUGACAUGUUCCCAGCUGAAGAGUGUACUAUUUUUAUUAAGGCAGUCCUUACAGAGACUUCCUGAAACAUAUCAGAGGUCCUUCUUCUCAUGUGCUUUAGCAAUGGGGGAAUCCUCCCUUAAAAAAGCAGAGGAGCCACCACAGUAUUACCCAGUGACAUUUAUUGGUGUAAAGGCAACACAGUGUGCAAAGCAAGUGACAUCAGUGCAUAAAGCUGACACUGAGAUACAAAACUAUUGUAAUGAUACAGUUGUGUGUCAGAAAACAGCGGCGGCCACAAAUAGAACCAGUGAAGAGAAGAACUGUUGUGUGAAACCCAAAGAUCUGAGACCUGCAGCCAGUAAAGCUACUACAUCUGCACCAAGGCGUAAGCUCAGUUCUAUUCAACAGUCAGUAACAGCUGCCAGGCUGAUAGAAUCAACAAAAGGACCUGUAAAGUCAGCACACCAAAAGACACAGAUUAAGUACAAGUCUGAUAUAACAAAAUACAUGGUUAAAGCUCAGAAGGACAAACUUAAUGACACAGAGAUGGCUGAAUGUUCUGAAAGUUUAAAUGACCCAUUGAAUGAAGGUAAAGAAAACCAGAAAAUGUUGGCUGUAUCUUCACCAGCAGGUAGUAACUUGGACAGCAUACUGAAGGAGCAGGUUACACAUGCCACUCCUACAGGAAAAUCUUACGUGGUUAUUGAUGUGGAUUCUCCCACAAAGAAAAUGCGAGUAGAAGAAAGGAAAGCGACAAAUGCAUUUGAACUCAUGAUGGAACAGUCAAGAUCCUGCAAUAGACAAGGCGUGAAACGGAGAUCUUUGUUUCAACAUGUAAACAAGGCUGUGUAAAAACUGAUCCUGUGGCAUCAUUAACAGGAUCUUUCUCUUCAGUUUUGUGGUACUGUCAUGCUGAGAUAUGGUCUCAGGGUUGAAACACUGCACCAGCAGAUAUGCCUAAAUAUUUUGAAGCCUCAUUAUAAUGCAGAUGCAUUUCUAAAUAAAAUAUAAUUUAUUAAA